AUGUACAUACUGUUCAUCGUAAUAUUGUCGAGUCAAUGUUCUGGCAAAAGACAACCAUUGAGAGUUUAUGGUGGAGAAGACGCGGACCAAGGAGCUUAUCCUGAUUCCGCAUCCUAAGUACGUAGAUCGAGAGACAAAGCAAUAUGAUGUUUUGAAAAAUGACAUUGGCCUUAUAGAAACAAAUCCUAUGCCAUUAAAGAGGUUUAUUAAAUUGAGUCCUGUAGAUUUUCACACUUUGUAUGGCCAUGAAGCAGUAUCCGGUGGUUUUGGGAUCACUACGAAAAACGAAUCUUAUAACAAAACCAAAACUGGUAACACUCUAAAAUUUAAAAAGCCGUUACAAAUAUUUAAGGUGAUAAUAAAUAAAUGCAUGCACACACCGGGAUUAGGGCCUUUGUUAUGUUUAGAUUAUCGAUGUGGAACUAUUGCUGUUGUAUGUGGUGGGGACUCCGGGGGCCCUGUCAUCCACGCAUCAGGCAUAGUUGCAGUAUUAUCCGCUAGUAGACCUAACAUGUAUUGCGGAGGUGCAUCAGGUAAUACUAGAAUUGAAGACGCAGGGUUCCAUUGCCCAGUUGGUCCCUAUGUUGAAUGGAUUAAUAGUCAUGUAAGAAAUUGAAUGUGUAUCAACUAGGAACUAAGAUCUUUUUGCGAGACUUUUAG